AAGCACCGCUGCGGCUCAUCCGCUUCAUCCAUCCAAAUGCCUGGCCCUGGCACUUACAGACAAGGAUGGCCCGCGGGACAGUGUCAAACACUUGCCACAACUCCAGGCACACAAGGUCACUUACUCUUACACAGCGCUCCACAGCCCUAACUACACAGAACAUCACCAAAAAUGCCGGGAACGGCAAUUUCCCACUUUCAAAAGCCACAGUCAGUCCCCAUUUCCAGUCACCUGUCUCAUUUCCAGCGGCCUUAGCAGAGCUUCUCUUUCCCACAGAAGCUGCCUCAUCAUCUUGCCUGCAACGAAGCUCACGCUGACUGCUCUGCAGUUCACACACUCUUCUGCUAUUCCCUUUGUAAAAACAGGGGGACUCUUUCCCUUCUUCUACUUAUCGGUGACUUCACUUGACAAACAUCAUUUCUCAAAACCGAUCAACGCUGGCCUACAACUCCACCUGAUAGUCCUCUCAGGACUUGCAGAUGAAUCUCAUCAUGGACUUCCACAUACUCAGCUUCCUUAGACGGUCUCACACCACAUCUUAUCCUCCAGUGGCCUCGGCCUCUUCAUUCUUCAUUGCAGGGCUCCCAGCACUUGCCUUCCGUGAUGUUGGCAGUGUGGCAGGAGCUCAAUGACACACAAGGCUGCAACCACCUGCUCCUCUCCACAGCCUCUUCUCCCUGAAGUCUAAAACCCCCAGACCCCAGCACCCACUCAUCGUACGAAUAGUCACGAGGCUACGUCCUCGUGAGGCCAGCCAUGUCAUCCCCGCGCAAAUCUGUGAACAAACAAAGAGGUGCAAACACCUCUUUGCUCUCCCCAGAUUUUGGCCUUUCUUUAAAGGCAUCUGAAACUACUGGCAGGUCUUCUCUACUCCACCUGAAGCAGCCCAGCCCCCUCAGCCUUUCUCACACGUGAUGUCCUCUCAUGCCCUCUGCAUCUUCGCAGCAGACAUUCCUGCCAAAAGCUCCACUCCUCCCCGCCAUGAACUAAAGAGCCUUGAGCUGGACACACUCUUCCGGGGGAGGGCUCCGGCAAUCCCAAAACACAGCACCGUUCCUCUGGCGGGCGACAGUCCCCCUUCGCUCUCUGCCUGCCUCAUCUACGGAAGCAGGCGAAACAAAACUAUGGCCCCGCUCUAACGCCAAACAAACACCACCACAGACACACAGCAAACAACACAGGAGCAACAAAGCUCUCCCGGUUUUCCUACUCCUUCUUCAUCGACCCUAUUUUGAAAUGUCUUGUUGCCCUGCCACCUCAGCUUCCGAGACGGCACCUGGGCCACACCGCUGCAAGAACGCACUCGCGGCCUCCGAGGCUUACUCCCGCACACAGCCCCUUGCACACUGCCACCGCCCCGGGGCAUUCACCGCAGGAGGGAGAUACCCAGCCCUCGCCCACUUGACAUCACUGCACAUCCCUUGCAACCGCAAAAGGAAAACAGCGGCUAAGAUGAAAAUAAAGGCAAGCCGCAAAGUGAAAGGAAAAGCGACCACAGCCACCGGCAGGGCUUUGCAGGUGGAAAAAAUGCUUAGGCACAAAGGAGGCUUCUGCCCAAAAGCUGGCCCUGCAGGUGACAGGGAACAACAACAACAGCCCUCCCCAACACACCUGACCCCAACACCUCUGACCCAGCGCUUUCGCAACCCCGUUCACCCACUACAGCCACUCUGCCCCGAGACCACAACUGCCACCACAAUCCCCGGCCACGGACACCCCAGCUAAACCCUGCCUGUCCCGAGACCACUACAGCCACCAGCCCAAACCAGAAACCACGGGCGGAAACCCCCAGCAAUCGGAAAGCGAAGAAGGGAAAGCUGCCACCAUACAAAGCCGCACGCCCGGCGGCGUCCCAAGCACAGCCACCAGCACCAACACCAGCAGCACCAACACCGAGCCUCGCCGGGCUCCUGCUCAGCACCGGCCGACAGCACCCACAGACCCACCAUGGCUGCGCUCAAAGCCUCACAGACACGCCUGCCGCACGCUGCCCCGGCGCUCCCGCUCCUCCUCACUGCUCUCGCCACCGCCCUCGCCUGCCAACAGCUCUGGACACACGACGACACCUUCCCUGGCGACGCACUCCGCCUCCUCCAGGACAUGGCUCCCAGCCACACACAGCCCUGCCACCUCCAGGAGCCGCCCUUCUUCCCCGACACCCUCCUCCGCGACAACCUCCACCCGCACCAAGCCGCCGUCACCGCCCUACGCAUCCUCCAGCACCUCUUCCACACCCUCAGCACCAACAGCACCCGCCAGCACUGGCCCACCCAGGAUCGCAACGACCUCCUCAACAAACUCCAGCACCACAUCCACCUCCUCGAGCAAUGCCUCCCCGACAACGCCGCGCUCUUCAAAGGACCACGCAACCUGCUGCUCACCGUCAACAAGUACUUCAGGGACAUCCACCUCUUCCUCCGUGCCCACAACCACAGCGCCUGCGCCUGGGACCACGUCCGCCUCGAAGCUCGCGCCUCUUUGCAGCACCUCCACAACCUCACACGCACCAUGCGCCGCUAGCACAGACACCCACGCCCAAAACACCCACCUCCAGGACCUCACCCGCCCGUCCCCCCAACCUGCGACAACCGACGUGCCUGUAACAACCGCACGGCACUCGCAGCCUGCAACCACUGCGUCUCCAUUGGUACAGCCUCUCCCCUUCAUUAGCACUG